AUGUCUGGAGAAAAGGAUGAAUCCCCAGCAUCGGCGCCCGCGAAAUACAGCAGGUACCGAUCUGUAAGGCACGCGUCUGUGAAAUCGCCACAAUCAGAACCGAGCCCCCAGAAACAAGAUGACGAUGCCUCAUCGCUCGGGCGGACGAAGAGCAUGUCGCGGUACCGCCGCUCCAGAGUUGGCACGCAGACGAGCGAACCUGCGCCGCCCAUGCCUCCGAUGCCUCCGCCGGCGUUAGGUGGGUAUAGCACCCUACAAACCCCCGGAGCAAGACCAACAAGACGAGUGACCGAGCCUGCGCUUUCUUCCCAUCGACAAUACCCCACCUCUCCAAAUGUCGAGACAAUCCCCCAGCUGCAGGGCCGGCCCCGAGAAACAGAAGAAGAGAGGUCGCGGCGCAAGCUGCGGGAUCUUCGAGAACAGGAUGUCCUAAUCGAGGAGCAGAGGCGUCAGGCCGAUGAGCAAUUAAGAAUAGCCCAGCACCGGAAAGCCCAAGCGGACGAGCAGGCUCGAUUGAUGGAAGAAGAAACUGCAAGGCUGCUGGACGAGCAGAAGCGCAAGGACUUGGAGCGGCUAGAUGCAGAAUUGGCGGCGGCCGUCCCUCAAACACCCAAAGUUACUAGUCCAAGGGAGAAAUUCGGGUUUUUCUCUAGGAAGAGAGCCGUUACAAAGACAUCCGGAAGUGGCAGCGGCUCUGGGGCAAAUUCCUUGUCCCGGGGUAUUGAAUCACCGCCGCCAAGGUCAGUUGAGAAGGCAGCGGCUCGCCCAGAGACCGGAUUAUCACCGCCACGGAGGCUUGAGCCUGUAGCUACUGAGCCAAAGCUAGAGCAUCCCAAGAUGAUUGAGCAAGGAGGUGGGGGUAUUGUCCCGCAGACUGAUGCCCCAAUCUCUGCGAGCAAUGCUGGAGAAAGACGCGUUUUGAUACGAUGUAAACAAUCGUCUAUCAAUCUCCCAUUCGAUCCUGAAACCACUCCUACUGAUCUGAUUUUCACCGCUGCCAAUGUCAUGACCCAGGACAUCAACCCCUCUACCACCGUUUUGUUAGAGUCUUAUACACCACUUGGCCUGGAACGCCGAGUACGACGUUAUGAGCACAUUAGAGACAUCAUGAACUCAUGGGAUCGAGACACACAGAAUGCUGUCUUGCUUCAAAAUUCAGAUUCACCUCAAUUCGACAGGGAUCUUGAUGCCUCCUCGGUUCCGAAGGAAGCGCCCGAGGGCACCACAGUGUAUAUGUACCAUUCUCAGAAACCCGGAAAAUGGAACAAGCGACAUGUCACAUUGCUCUCCACCGGGCAAAUAUAUAUGUCCAAGAAGCCUGGAGCCAAGUCAUCAGACAAAGACUUUGCAAACUUGUGUCACUUGACAGACUUCGACAUCUACACUGCAACUCCGCAAUACACGCGAAAGGUCCUUAAACCGCCGAAAAAGCACUGCUAUGCAAUUAAGAGCCAGCAGAAAACUGCAAUGUUUUUAAGUACCGAAAAUUUCGUCCAUUACUUCAGUACUGAUGACGAGAGUCUGGCGCAUAAGUGGUAUUCAGCCGUUCAGCAAUGGCGAAGUUGGUAUUUAGUAAAUCGAAUGGGUGAAGGUGCCAAGAAGAAACCCAAGGCUGCCCAUAGCAACGGGAAAUCAACGGCCAACAAACUUGGUCGCACUCUUAAAGUCUCCGUUGAUGAAGACCCCUAUACAAUCGGCUCGUUCACACCACUACUUGAUGUGGACCGCUUUGACCACCAAAAGCCAGAAUCAAAGGACCGAGAAUACGAAUCCGAUGAUGGCAGCCCACCACGCCAAGUCCCCUUUCACCUCCGCAACAGCAUCUCCCUUCCCCACGUCCCCAACCGGCGAGAAAGCAAGCGUCACCCUCCACCCGUGUCAUACCGUCUCCCACCGGAACCAGAAGAGGAGUUUUCAUCUAGCGGUCUUCUCGGCCGGACUUAUUCACAACGGCAACGCCUACAAAAAGAGCGCGAACAACAACAAGAACUCAUCCCCUCAGGACCAUUCGUGGAUGGGCCUUCACUUCUUAACAGCCAUGGAGGAAACCAACGAGCUAUGUCCAUUAAAUCCACACGCACCACCACCAUGCGCAGCCAAAGGCCUGAUACCUCAGCUGCUCCGUCCAUGCCGAAGCCGCUGCUCGAUUUUACACCGGAGUUCAGGGAGGCGCCGCAGUGGGAUAAGAGAGGCAAAGGCCAUGGCGUGAAGCCUAUUGAGGGCGUGCCGCUUGUUGACGUUGCAAAAGGUCCCAAUACAGAGGCGCUUAACAUGGGCCCAACGCAGACGUUAUUUAGGAGGGAUCAGGUGCCUGGUGUAAGGUCAAGGACAGGAACGGUUAAUGGGAGGUCUGAGGGUGCUUUUAUUAAGGGGGGUUUGGUUAGCGGUUUAUGA